AUGGAGAAAACAGAUGCAUACUGUGGAGAAAAAUCUUUAACAGGAUUUGGGGAAAUUAUGGGUGCCAUGCAAAAGUAUGAAUCAGGAUUUACAAGAAACACUAGAGUUAGAAGGAAUUCAGAGGAUAAAAUAGAAACAGAAAGAGAGUAUUAUGAAAGUUUAGGCUUGGAGACACCUAAGGGAAAUAAGGCAUUUCAAAAUCCAGAUGACCAAGACAUUGCUGAAGUCUUCAUGCAAAUGCUAGAUGUNGACCACGAUGACAAACUAGAUUUCGCUGAGUAUUUACUACUGGUGCUAAAGAUGGCAAAAGCAUAUUAUGAGGCAUCCAAGGAUGAAAGAUUCCAAACACAUGGAUCAAAGAGGAGAAGUAAACAUGACUAUAAAGGACUAGAAGAGGAGGGAGAGGAAGGAGAAGAAGAGAGUCUUAGACAGAAGCAUGGCGGAACUGAUGGGAAGAGAAAAGGUGACAGAACGAGAAGCCCAAACGGAAGAAGAGGGAAAAGGCAUGGAUCAAACAGUAGAAAUGAGGGCAGAGAUACACACAGGAGAGAAACAGAAAAACACAAGCACCAACAUGACUCAAAUAGAAAGCAAAGGGCUGGUUCUGAUUCCACAGAAAGAAAAGACAACAGAAGUAAGAAGCACAGACAGCCAAAAGACAAAAAUUAUGAUGAAAUCUAUGACAAUAGAAAAUGCAAUGAAGACUGGGAGGCAAGCUACAAUCACUGUUACUAUAUAUCAGAGAAUGUUACAUUAGAGCAAAAAGAGGGAAGCAGAAGAAACAGAACAGGCUCCCAGAGCAAGCCCGAGUCCUCCCAUCAUCAGGGAGUCCCCAGAGGCUCUGAGGGAGGCAGGCAGCCGUCCCGUGCCGAACCAUCUCCAGAGAGUGUUGGCCAUGACAGAUCCAGUGCCAGCCAGCUACCGACCCACCGUGGGCUCCCACUGUCUGGCCUUCUGAGAAGUCGGAGUGGACCUUGCUGUCGCUGGCCUGACUCUCGCUGA